GAUCCAUUCCUGUUGGAAACGCUCGAAGCCCUCAUCGAGUCCCACGCGAAACAGGGCAAGUCCUUGAUUCUCGCACGGGUGCAAACGAUCGACCCAGCGGCGCCGCAUCGGCCAGUAUUCUUCUAUUACUAUGCGCCAUCUCUGAACAAGGUUAUUUUCCGAAAGUAUGGUCGGCGACAAGAGUAUCUCUUCCGGCUGUUUGCGCUCAACCCCCUAACCAACACCGAGAUUGUUGGUGAUGUGGACUACUUCAUGGUC